UCGCGUAGUACGAAGGAAUCAGCACUCCAACAGGUGUUCCUUCUUCCAAUUCAAUCUUUCAAAUACGGGUAACAACAAUUUAAUUCGCCAGGAGCGGUCGAGCCGCCAAGAAAAAGAAUUACAAAAGUUUAUGUUUUUAUUUCAAAAAUAUUUUGUGCAAAAAUAAAUUUUUUCCAAAGGAAGUAGGAGUGACGAAAAAAAUCACACCUUUAACAAGCGGAAGUAAAACUAGAUUGCUUGAUAACAGCGGCAAGGAGGCGAGGCUUACGAUUGAAUAUACUAUAACUAAGUAGUUGACUUUCACCCAUUUUGGCUUCUCACCAUUACAGCAAACACGAUUAAAAUGUCUCAUCCGGCCGCCUGCUACAAGGGUAUCAUUUUGUUGGCCACAUUCACUGUACUGGCGCAUUACGCAUUCGAACCAGUAUUCGCUGGUAGUGGCGGAAGAGACGAGCCUAAACAAUCAGAAUAUAAUGUGCUGGAUGAAAAUAACUACGAACACCUAACACCACACAAGCGUCCUUCCUUUUUUGUGGGCAGCCGAUAUGGACGAUCCGGCGGCGGUAUAGGACUUAGCUCUUCAAAGAUCCGUCGACUCAGUGUAGUCCCACGCAACGAUCGCUUCUUCUUGGGCUCACGCUAUGGUAAGCGAGCUGAAGGCAACUCGGCCGCUGAACUCUUUUCUCCCUACGAAAAACAAACCGCCGAUGACAAUGUAGAUGGUUUUGCUUUGCAACAUAUGGGGGAUAACAAACUAGCAUACAGUGAACACGAAAAUUUUUCAGAGAAGCAACAGCAACAACAACCCCAAUUGCAAUCAUCUUCCAUGAUAUCCUGUGUAUAUACUGGUUUUAGAAACUACUAUCGAUGCCGCAAUAUUGAUGAGAUUAACAACAUCAUCAACCAGUUGACGGUUGCGCAUAGCAUUGAGGAAGGAAAGUAAGCGAUACGAUUUAUAGCAACAGCUUCAGUCUCAACUAACAAUAUCGCAAAACCAACAACGGUAACUAGAUUCAUAGAAGGCAUGAUAUCAGUAGUAAAAAGAAAACAUUCAUAGUUUACAGCAGAAAAAAUACACCUUCUUGUGAAACGAAAAUAAAAGCUGAGAUACAAGAAAAUGAUGCGGGCAAUCGGAAAAAACUACAAAAGGAAACGCUUGAAAAUAAAGAAAUAUUUAACUAACAAAUAAAAUAGCAUAUUUACACCGAAAGGUGAAAUUAAAAUUUAAAAAAGGGCUGGAUAAAUUUUAAUUCUCACUACAUACACAAACAUAACCAAAAGACCAAGCAUACACAAGUAUGUAUAUUUAUACAGAUAUUUAAUUUAAAAGGUGGAAAUGUUGUAUAUGUAUG